AUGGAGUUAGCUGUGUCCGAUAGAGAUAGAAGUAUCUUGCUUGAGAAGAAGAACGUCCUGGACGCAUCUACUUUGGAAAAAUACAGACUGGCUGGUCAAAUCACCCAGACCUGUCUGGCUUAUUUGACCGAGUUGAUCAACGAUUCUUACCAUCUUGGAAAGCACGAGCCAUACUCUGUUGCAGAACUGUGUUUGCUCGGAGACUCCCAGAUGAAAGUUGCUCUCGAUAACGCAUACAAGAAUCAAGUCAGAGAAAAAGGUAUUGCCCAGCCAGUUACCAUCGAUGUUAAUGAUGUCGUUGUUGGCUACUCUCCAGAGGUUGAUGAUGAGACCAAUUUCAAGUUCAAAGAAGGUGAUAUUGUCACCAUCAACUUGGGAUGUCAGAUCGACGGAUACACCUCCAACGUUGCACAUACUCUGGUGAUCUACCCUCCAGGAGCAUCUGUUGGUCCAUUGUUGGGAUCCAGUGCUGACGCUGUCUGUGCCGCUUACAUUGCAACCGAGACCGUGAUCUCUCUUUUGGCUCUGUCCAUGACCCCAGAGAAGAUCCCACAGUCUCUGGCUGAUGGAUCAGGUUUAAUCAAGGGUUCUUUGAUCAGACAGGUUGUCGAUUCGAUUGCUGAGAGCUUCAACUGUGUGGUUGCUCCAACUUCCAAGGUGAGAAGAAUCAGACGGUUUUUGGCUGGACAGGCCGAGGGAAUUGUUGCUGAGAGAGACUUCAAAGGUGUGGUUUGGUAUGAGGCCGACCAAGAACUCAAAUUGUUGCAAAAGUCUCCUAAAUACAACAACGACCAACAAUUGGUUGCAUACGAUAAAACUAAGAGUGCCAAGGUGACUGCUUCGUCUGCCGUUCCAACCGACGAGUUCACCGUGUCUCCAGGUGAAGUCUACACAGUGGAUAUCAAGAUGGCUCCUUUGGAAGACACCGAGGGUCCAGGGUUAGUUACUCUCCAGAACGUGGAUAACGUGACCGGUUCUAACCACUCAAACGACACAUUCAGACCAAAACCAAGUGUAUUUGUGCGGGACGUUGCAAUCUCCCACCAGCUGAAGCUCAAAACCUCCAGAAAGCUUUUGUCCACCAUCGACAAGCAAUUAUCUGUUUAUCCAUUCAAACUUUCGCAUUUGACAUCCGGCUUUCCAUUUGAUCUUAAUGGAAACAUUGACCAACAACUCCAAUCGAUCCAGAAUGAAAUCAAACCAACCAGAUUGGGACUCGCAGAACUCGCAAAUAGACACCUUGCCGUUGCCAAGCCUAUCCAAAGGGCCCGGUUCUUGCCUCUGCAGGUGAUUUUGAACUCUUCCAGCUCGACCGGUGUCAAUGGAUUCGACGCUGAGAAUCCUGUCUUGCCUGGCAUGGAGUUGCAAUUGCCAAGAUUGGGUGUUCCUUCGUUGAAGUCGCUGCUCAAGGCCUCCAAGGCAAUUCCUGUGGCCAGAGAACUGUCGACUGUGGUUUUGAAUGGUGAUUCCAACGUUUUGGUGCGUUUGAGCGGAGGUGCUUCCACCAGCAAACCAAGCUGGGUGCACUCUAAAUUCCAGCUCUCUGAGGCUGUUGCCCAGGGAGUCAGCGAUUUGGUCCAACUGACACAGGACGAGAGAUUCGGUCUCAAGAUCAAGGAGUGCCAACCCCUCAAGUCCGUUAAUUAA